AUGCUCAGACGCAGUACCCGUCCCUUCUCCGUAGCCACCCGUUUGGCCAAGUGGAACGAGAUCCCAUUGGCUCCUCCAGACAAGAUCUUGGGUAUCUCCGAGGCUUUCCAAAAGGACACCAACUCCAAAAAGAUCAACUUGGGUGUUGGCGCAUACAGAGACAACUCCGGUAAGCCCAUCGUGUUCCCCUCCGUCAAGAAGGCCGAGACCGUGUUGUUGGAGAAGGAAACCGACAAGGAGUACACUGGUAUCAUUGGUUCCAAGAAGUACCAGGACUCGGUCAGAAACUUCAUCUUCAACAACUCCGGCAAGGACGCCAGCGGUGCCCAAUUGAUCAAGGAGGGCCGCAUUGUGACCGCACAGACCAUCUCCGGUACCGGUUCCUUGCGUGUGAUUGCAGACUUCUUGAAGAGAUUCAACUCUGCUCAGAACAUCAUUGUUCCUAAGCCAACCUGGGCCAACCACGUGGCUGUUUUCACCGACGCCGGCCUUUCUGCCGACUUCUACGCUUACUACGACAAGGAGAACAAUGAUUUGGACUUUGCCAACUUGAAGAAGUCCAUCUCUGACGCUGCUGACGAGUCUGUCAUUCUUCUCCAUGCUUGUUGCCACAACCCAACCGGUAUGGACUUGACCCCUGAGCAGUGGGAGGAAGUUUUGGCCAUCAUUGAGCAAAAGAAGCUUUUCCCAUUGGUCGACAUGGCCUACCAGGGUUUCGCCUCGGGCUCUCCAUACAAGGACAUUGGCUUAAUCCGUAGAUUGAACGAGUUGGUUCAAGAGGGCAAGAUUCCAACCUAUGCCUUGUGUCAAUCCUUCGCCAAGAACAUGGGAUUGUACGGUGAGAGAACCGGAUCGAUCUCCAUCAUUGCCGAGUCUGGCUCUCAGGCCAAGGCCAUCGAGUCGCAGUUGAAGAAGCUCAUCAGACCAAUGUACUCCAACCCACCUAUCCACGGUUCCAGAAUUGUCGAGACCAUCUUCUCCGACGAGAACUUGUUGUCUGAGUGGUUGGCUGACUUGGACUCUGUGGUUGGCCGUUUGAACGUGGUCAGAGACAAGUUGUACCAGAAGUUGGACAAGACCAACUACAACUGGGACCACUUGUUGAAGCAGAGAGGUAUGUUCAUCUACACUGGAUUGAGCGCUGAGCAGGUGAUUGAGUUGAGAGAGAAGUACUCUGUGUAUGCCACCGAGGACGGACGUUUCUCGAUCUCCGGUGUUAACGAGCACAACGUCGACUACUUGGCCGAUGCCAUCAACCAGGUGAUCAAGAAAUAG